AUGGCGGCUGUUGAUAUCGGCACUCCGGUCAAGCGAGAGCCAUCUGCUCUCGCCGACUCGCCCGCGUGCCCCACGCCUCUCUCCCAGUCACUCGACAACCAUGGCACGCCGGGCUCCGCGUCCAAUGUCAAGAUGAACUCAACGCCAUCGCCCUCGACCUCGACGGCCAGCAACGGCCAGCCAAGCCAGUCCAGGCGCCCUCCGCGCAAGAGCACCCUCACACAGCAGCAGAAGAACCAGAAGCGUCAGCGCGCCACUCAGGACCAACUUGGCACCCUGGAGAUGGAGUUCAACAAGAACCCCACGCCCACGGCUCAGGUCAGGGACCGCAUUGCUGAAGAAAUUGACAUGACCGAGAGGUCGGUGCAGAUCUGGUUCCAAAACAGGCGUGCCAAGAUCAAGCUCAUGGCGAAGAAGAGCUUGGAGACGGGCGAGGAUUUUGACUGCAUUCCCGAGUCCAUGCGCAACUACCUCGCCAUGCAGGCCAUGGAGGCCGGCAAGGGCCUCGGCGGACAAUACCUUGGUCGGACCGGCCUUCUGCCCUACAGCCCUAGCAUGCUGAUGGGUAACGAGCAGAACGGCAAAGUCUUGAUCCACCAUCUGAGCAGCAGAUCUCUCAACAUCGGCAAAUGGACGAGGGUCUCGCAGAGCACCAUGGACCUUAUCAUCUUCUACUCACCUGACAAGUGUACCAUGACCUACUACAUCAACAAUGAUCAGGCCGGGUACAAGAUCGAGUACCCUUUCGCUUACAUCAAGAACAUGUACCUCGAGAACCAGGAGGGCGACCCCAGCAAGCCCAGUGGCAUCGUCAUUGAGCUCAACAGGCCCCCCCAUUUCUUCAUGGACCAGACGCCCGCCACGAGUGGUUUCUUCCAGUGCGGUGAUUUCACCGAAGAGCAGCAGGCCUCGAACUGUCUGGUUCACCACCUCGGCGGCAACCCCAAGGUUCUCAGCGGUCAGCUCGCCAAGCUGGUCUCACUCGAUGCCUUCAUGAACCGCAACAACCCGAACCCCUUCUUCGAGAACCACUCUCUCUCCGUCUCCGCCCCCGUCUCACCUACCGCGCGCCCCUCUUCACAGCCCAACUUUGCUCAGCCACACGUCGGCAUGUUCCAGGAGUCCUGGGGCAUCAACCACCUGCAGCCUGGCAUGCGUGGUCCUGGCCACAAGAGGCAACGCAGUAGGUCUGUGCCCAUGGCUGUUGACUUCUCCAUGCUCCAGACGCCGAUGCCGUCGUUCUACAUCCAGCAACCCGGCGAGGCGGCACCCCAGCCGCACAACCCGAAUAUUUUCGCUCCUGUCCCACAGCAGCCCAGCGGCCUUGGUCCCAACCUGAGGAUAGACACGCAAGCUGGUUUUGGGAUGGAGAUGCGGCAGUAUCCCAUGUCGGCAACGACCGCGUCUCCAUCCGAGUUCGCGAGCCCUGGCUACUUCGCCGGACCGGAGCCGAGCCCGCUGCCGACGUCUAGCUACAACACGCCAUACGGUGGAGCGUUCCUCUCGCCGAUGGCGAACCCCUCCAACAUGGUCCCGCCGCCGCAUUCGCCUCUGUCCUUCAACGGCCAUGGCGAGCCCUCCAUUGUUGAGCAGUCGCCGCCCCUGUCUAUGCUGGGCAGGCCGGCGUCUGCUGACAUUUAUCGCCAUCACGGUGGCGGUGACGCGUCCUGUGCCGUGUCUGAGGAUGGCGGCAGCCUUAAUGAGAUGUACUCGAAGCACACGAUCAACUUGCCAAUGCACCCCCAUUCGCCUUCGCACAUGGAUCAGGCCCAGGCUGAGCUCGACAUGAACCAGCUUGUGCAGUUUGACCACGUCGACCCCUCUUCUCUGUCGCCCGACUCGAUGCACCAUAUCCAGCAGCAGUGA